UCUUUUUCUCUCAAAUUCCCAACUUGGCCUCUGUUUUUCUUGUUUGCUCUCUUUUAUGUUCACUUUCUCUUCCUCCUCUUCUCUUAAAAACCCAUUUGAUACUUCCAAAGUUUUCUCAGCAAGAACACAAAAAUGUAUGCAGAUUCUGGGUUAAUGCUCAGUUACAUGCAUAAUUGUCCACCAGAUUUUCAACAGAUUGAAGACCUCUUCAAAUCAUACAAGCUCUCUGAUGAUGAAAUGAAAAACGCUUUUGCUAAGUCAACAAACAUAUCUGAGUAUGAUAUAGGAGAAGAAGGAGAUCUAUUCAAAGCUCCUGAUCCAAUUCUUGAAGAGCCAAUCUUAGCCGUUGAUCCACUCUCAGCUGCUUUGACAAUGAUCUCUCGCGGAGACGACUCUUCGCAAGGGCUUUGUGAGCUUCCUGACCUAGGGUCGUUGCAGAGUGGCCAAGAGCUUCUUGACAAAGCCUUUUAUGAAUGUGAGCAAGAUCUCAUGAUGAAAUCUGCUAUGGAGUCUAGAUUCUCUGACGUUUUGGACGUCAAGAACAUCUCUAUCGUGACGACGGCUAUCGAUGAGAACCAGGAUUUGCAGAAGAGUGUUAGCUUGGAGAACUUGAGCUCUAUGGACUGGUCACAGCAUGCACGUCAAAAAGAAGCUGUUGUGGUUCAGAACUUCCCUGACUUUGCUCAGUUGGAUUAUGAUUCUGUUUUUGGGAUGCGACGAGCGUUUAGUGAAGGCGACAUACAGAAACUUGGGACUUGCCACUUUCAGUCUCCACUGGAUAUGGUUAUUGUGAGCUGUACUUCAGAUGAUCGUCGUGAGAAGCUGUCUCGAUACAGGAACAAGAAGAGCAGACGAAACUUCGGGCGCAAAAUCAAGUAUGCUUGUAGGAAAGCUCUUGCAGAUAGCCAACCAAGGAUCCGAGGAAGGUUUGCCAAAACAGAGGAGAGGAAGUAGAAUGGUGUCAAAGGAAUGUAAUGGGACUGAGCAAAAGCAAGAGAGUUGGAAGAAAGAGGAAACAAGGAUCAUGUCAUUAGAAACUAGUUUUGUGUUAUAUAAAAUAUAUAUGUGAUGUUAUGUGCAUCCAAUUAGUUUUUUUGUAUAUAAAGAGUUUCUCUAAAAUAAGCUUUUAUAAGGAAAGAAAAGUGUAGCUACUGAAGUCAUGUAAUGGCGAUGUGAGAUUUGUAGAUAUAUUAUAUAUCUAUAAUUAUAAAUACAUUAAGUAUAUAUUUGUCUC